AUGUAUGACUUUACUAAUAAAUAACUCAAAGGUAAUCAAUUAUAUCAUUUUAGAUAUGAUUUAUGAGGAAAUUUUGUUGUACAAUUAUCCAGAAUUCAAGAAGCAAUAUGAAGAAAAGAUUGCAAAUAAUUAAAGUGUUGUAAGUCACCUAAUAAAGGGUGAGAGUGCUAAAAGUUAUUGA